CCUCAUUUGGGCCGUAUAAAGUACAGAAUUGACACCUAGGCCCCGCUUAUGUCCAUAAACCGAUUCUCCUUUCACGACCUCCCAAUUGACCCUUCCGCCAGGACUGUCAAUACAAAUCUCCUUGGGCCAGCCCAUACCAGUCGAGCAAUCCUCCUUGAGCUGAUCCUCAGCGGCAACCUCCCGAGUAUUGUCAACAACAGCUCGGUGGUCGCACACCUGCAUUUCGCUGGGCGGUCGAUUACGCGUGCAGCAUGGCUGGACUCAGCGCCCUCCAUCACACCCUGGAGGCGGAAGGGCGACGCUUGGGGUAUAGUCCGCGGAUUCAGUUCUUCCUCGUAGAGGUCGGGCAGAUGCAGACUCCCUUGUUUAGCUGGAUCAAAUCGCCGAAUUAUGUGCUUGCUCCGGUCCUUGAGCCUGGGUACGUUGCACCAAAGGUUAUAACGCGGGAAUUCUUUAAAAAAGUUGGGGUUAUUCGGUUGCCGAAGUAUGCUUCUUGGGUGUGCGGAUAUGAUGUGCUGACAUUGCGGGUACAGCGGUUUGUUUGAUAUUUGAUGGGGGUUGAUGACGCAUUGGCUUUUCCUCAGCACGGGUGGAAAGAAGCCUUUUCUUUUGGAAAAGAGAUAAACAGCAGGCUUACCUUCCAGAAGCUAUUAAAUGUUUACACGGGAAGAGUCCUAUGAAAUCUCUCAAAGUUACGGCGGAGCCCCAAGGCAACAAUCGUGGUAACAUGGUUCUAAACAUACUGAGAAUGUGAAUGCCUAGAACACGGGACAACAAAGUCUUCUCUGAUUAGUGAGUGCUGCGAGGGAACAUGGCAAAGAGAAGGAAAAACAGUGAGGCCACUGAGCUGGGGAGGUUCUGGGGACCAGUGUGUUUCUCACAGUCCGUCACGCUCCGCACACACAUGGAAAUGCAGCAUAGUAUAAGUCGCCAGAGUAUAGUAAUACUUGUAGGUCACCUUGUCGGCCUCCUUUACCGGCAGCGUCACAAGACGCACAGCUACUGCCAGCAUGGAAAGUAGGUGACACAGCCCUAGAGGC